AUGCGCGCCGCGCGCCCUCUUCGCGGCGUCCUCGUCCUCGCGUGUCUCCUCGCCGCGACGUCAGCAGCGACGAGCGACGACGUCCUCAUCGCAACGGUUCGCGGCCGCGACGACUUGGACGUCCAUCGCUCAGCGACGACGAAACGGUGCCGCCGCGAGGCGCACGACGCGCUGUUCGCCGCGGAGUCCGCGAGACGACGACGACGCGACGACGCCGCCGCCGACGAGUUCUUCUGCGCGAGCGCGCUGAGGGAGCCGGAGGCGGCGUGCCGCGUCGCGGCCGCGGCGACGACGUGCCGCCUCGAGCGCGGACGCGCGCGCGCGCGAUCGGCGCCGUGCGUCGACGCGAGGCACUGCGAGCGGUGCAUCGCGCGCGCGCUCGGCCGCGGCGAGACGUAUCGGUCGUCGGACGACGCGGACGACGAUGAAGACGAUGAAGAGACGAUGAAGAAGAAGGAGGAGACCCGCGGCGUCGCGCGCGUCCUCGCGGACGCGCUCGGUCGCGCGCUCGCGGGGGGCGACCGCGGCGGUGACCGUUCGGCUUCCGUCGGGGAGGUCGGGGAGGAAGCCGAACGGUCGCGCCCGCCGGUCGACCGCACGAUGGAGCAGGCGAUGUACCUCCAGGAGCUCGACGCGAUCGAUCGCGAGUGCGAACACCUCGAGACGCGAUGGCGCGGCGAGGAGGCGUCGCGCGCGCUCGCGAGGAUGGCAGCCGCCGCGCGCGACGCCGACGCCGCGUCUGAAGAACGAUUCCGACGCCUCGCCGCCGACGUCGCGUCCGUCGACGACGCCGUCCGCGCCGCGUCCGCGCGCGCCGCCGUCCUCGCCGCGACAGUGUCGGACGUCCACGGCGGCGUCGACGACGUCCGCGCGCGCGUGGACGACGCCGCGGCGAGGGCGAGGGCGCACGAGGUCGAGACCGCGCGCGUCAACGCGGAGGCGCGAAGCGACGCCGCGGAGACGCGCGCGGCCGUCGCCGCCGUCGCGUCCGCCGUCCGCGACGCGCUCGACGCCGCGGACGCGCUGCGCGCCAUCGUGCUCGACGCGAAGCGGACGCUCGAGCGCGUGCGCGCGUCCGUCGCGACGCUCGUCGGCGCGCGCGCGUCGGCGCGCGACGCGCUCGCGCGCGUCGCCGCCGUCGUCGCCGUCGUCGCCGCGGCGCCGCGCGACGGAAAGUCCACCGCGACGGCGCGCGUCGUCGUCGUCGGCGUCGCGGAGGCGGCGGCGGCGCGCCGCGCGGUCGCGUCGGGGGUGGUCGCGGAGGAGGCGAUCGUGUGGGCGCGGCGCGCGGUCACGACGGCGUUGGUGUGCUACGCGAUGAUGCGCGCGUUCGGAGGCGGCGGCGGCGGCGGCGGCGGCGGCGAGGUGGACGCGAUGAGGGUGUCCAAGGUGUCCGCCGAGGUCGCCGCGUUGCGCGCGGAGCUGCUGCUGGAGCGCGCGUCGUCGCGCGGCGCGCGUCCACCGCCGCCGACGAAGGAUAAACGAUCGUCGUCGCCGAAAGAGAAGCCGGAGGCGCGCACGGCGACGCGGCGACGGAGCGUGCGACGAGCGAACGGGUAG